AUGUACCGAGAGCUCAUUCCAGACCAAACAUAUUCUGGAAGUCAUAUAAGAUGUGCCCAUUCGGAUUCGGAUGGCAACAGCAAGGGCAAAUCCAAGGAGCCAAUUUCGAGGCCUGAAUCUCCCGUCCAGACCAUGGCUACGCCGUCCUCAUUUCAAGAGCCCAACAAUGAGCUACCACCACCCCAGGAAAGCGGCACGGAGGAAGAUGCCGUUGCACUAUCCAAAAAUGAGUGUCGAAAAAAGUUGAUUGAGGCUGUCGAAAAGAAGCAUUGCGGAGAGAAGGAUUUCCCUACUUUGUGGGAGCAUGGAGUUAUGCCCUUCCUCAAGAAGUUCAUCCUAAAGUGGUGCGGCCCUAGUCACCAAAUCAUUCUCACCCAGGGUACGACACCGGGUACACGACGAAUCGGCAUCGUGACCAAAGAAGAGCUCCCCAAAGAUCGCCAUAAAACCAUAGUAGAGCACAUCAUAGAUCUGCUGCCCGAAAGCCAUCGAGCCGACCUAACGUUUGACGUUUUCAUUGGCUCUAUUGAACGAUCUGUCUCGGCAAGAGGGCUGAGCAGGGGGAUGCCUGACGACAUGUCCAUAGCCAAGAACCCGUCUUACUUCAAAAACCCGCGCAUGCGCGACAGUAUCGAUAUCGACGGCGAUGCCAACUUCGAUGUAACCACAUCCACCUUGGGAUCCUGCCUGCUUGUUGGUGGCCGCAGUUACUGGCUUGCCACCUUCCAUCCCGUUGUGGAAGCAUACCAGCACCUCCCAUCGAUCAGCGUUCAACAACCAUCUCCGAGCGACCGGGCACGCUCUUUAGAAAAAGGGCACGAAGAAGGGCAUGACACGCUGCCCGAGACAGGACUCCCUCUAGGUAACCUCACUGCGACGUCGGGCAUCGACCUGAAAAAGACUUGCAUAUCCCACCAUCCGUACUGGAAGGACUGCGAAAAGGAGCCCCCCCAUGUCGUGACCGAUUGGGCUCCCAUUGACUCCAAGACGGGUCAGGCGAACAUACUCCGCCGUGAACCCUCCGAUACCCUACUGCCUCUCAAGCAGAUUCUACUCAAGACGACAAGUGACGUUGUGCCAAGGGCAACCGUGGUAUCGACAGGCCGCAUGUCUGACCAGCAGAGGGGCAAGGUCUGCGAAAUCCCAGCAUACAUUAGCGCCGAUCAGAACGGCGCGGGAACGGCUACGCGCGAGUGGUUCAUUGAGCCUUGCCCUUACGACGACAUAGAGGGCUGGAUCCCCGGUGGCAUUGGUGGGGAGGGCGACAACGGCCCCGCCAUUGUCGACGCUAAGACCAACGCCCUGGUAGGCCAGGUUUGGGGCCGGAACAAAUACUUUGGCUCCGGUCCUCGUCUCACCUUCUUUACUCCCAUUGGCGAUCUAUUCGACGAUAUUCAGGAGAGACGUGACCAAGAAGCCUGGCCUCAGCUCCCGCAGGACAGGAAUGAAUCAGAAGGUUACACCGGGACCAACCUCCAUAGCCAAUGGAGUACCCGAAAGUCGCUCCGCUCAAUGACUGAACGCAACGAGAGCAUUCGCGGAGACUUGACCUCGGACGGAGGGACAUCAGAGCACGCAACGCCAAAGGACCAUGCACUCUGGGUCGUCGGAGAAGCCGGCGCCUCGUUCACCAGUAUCACGUCACCGUCCCCCGCCCAUCCGUCCUGCUUCACACCACAAACUGGUACCCCGGGCAUUGUAGACGUCAAAACCCCGUACGCCUCGACCCUGAGCGCAGAGGAUCUCUGCGACGACGCCCCCACGCGAGCAACCGAAUGCAGCUCCGGCAUGCGAGCGGCUGCAAUCUCAAUCUAA